AUGGACGCCGUCACGUGGAUGUGCGUCGAGAUGGACACCGUCAGGUUCCCGUUCGCGGUCGCAGGUUCCGGUGUUGAUGUUCGACGUCUACAUGCCAACGGGUCAGGUACGCUGGAUGCACACACGACCGUGGUCACGAGCAUCAUGACGGACAGAAACGCGAACAGAGGCGGGAAGGUGGAGGUGACGAUCAACAUGCCGUCGCUCCUGAGGGAGUUCCCGAGGGACGUCGAGAUGCUGCUGCCGCUCAGGAACGCCAUGAGGCACUACAAGAUGAACAGAGGCAGGGUCACGACGUCAUCCGAGACCCCGGAGUCGGACGGGGAGGGGAUCAGCAAGGGGCGCAUGUUUGGGAUGGCGGUGUACCCCCCGGUCGUGGGCCACGGGCUGAUGGUCAACGGGGAGUUGUGCGUGUGCGAGUGGGAGUACAUGGACGUGUCCCAGGACGUCAUGGCGGACGCGGUCGUGAGGUCCAGCCUGGGGUCGUUGAAGUGGGUCCUUGGAGACGAUCCCGGUGCUGUCUACCCCACGUCGAGGGUGUCGGACAUGAUGCUGUACACGGCCUCCUUCUACAGCGAGGGCGGCCCGAUGUGCGCGUACAACAACCAAGCCGUGACGGAGGCCAUGAACCACUCGUCGGACAGCGGCUUCUGGCAGAGCCUCUACCCGCCCCUGGAGGACCUCGAGUGCAACUACGGGUUCAUCGGCGUGUGCCACGACAACACCGUGAUCUCGCUCGGCACCGCGGCCGGGGAUGACUCCGAGCCCAACCUCGUCGAGAGGAUGCCGAAGCCGGACCAGGACGGGUUCCUCGACUCGUGCUACACCCCGUCCUCCAAGUCCAGCGGGAAGGUGCGGACGCUGGCCGUCGGGGUGUCGGUGAGGAUCAAGACCAGGCGCACGAUCGAGAUCGCGUCGAGCAUCCUCGCCGUGCUCAAGAGGCCCAACGGCAUCGCGCCCAAGAACUGGGUCGUGAGGUGCAUAGGGUACUGCAGUACGUACUCGGAGAAGGACGUGAGGGCGAUAGUGGACGAGUGGAAGAAGUACAGCGAGGUCAACAUGCCGACUAUCCACGUGUUCAGGCGCAGCCAGGGGUUCAGCUUCAUUAACAUCUCGGUGGCCACGGGCGUGUUGGUGCGCCCGGUCAGGUGGAAGGUCGUGAGGAUGAGCUCGGACCUAUACGACUACGAUAUCAAGUACGAGGGCCCGAUAGUGGACACUGUCUCGGUUCACAAGUCCGACACGAUAACGUUCGCCAACAUGCGCUUCCCCCAGCGCGAGUCCGAGCCCGAGUAG